GAAACAUUUAGGGUCCCAAUCUCUUUUGUUUACAUUCGUCAAAUGAAUUAGAAAAGUUGUCAUAACAUUUUGAAAGUCAAAUUAAAACUAUGCUCAAAUGAAAAUGUUCAAAAAUUACAGGUCGCAGUGCGUCGAUUAAAACGAAUAGCAUACCAUUUGCAUUGUACCAAUUAUUUUGAUCUGUCCAAUCAACCGUAAGAAGAGAAAAUGCAGCCAAUCAGAUGCAAACACUCAGGUGCCUAGCAAAACCAAUCAAUAUAAAUAAUAGACCACGUCAUACUUGUAACUCAUUACACGUGCUGUUGAUCGAGCUGAGCGUUAGUAUGAGGGUCCUGUUUGCUAUUUUGUUGUUUUCCGUGGGUGGACAAAGUCUUUUUUUUCAUCGGAACAAUGCUGACUUAACCGAUUUGUACAACGAAAUGAGACAAUUGCAAACAGAGAGACGUUUCCUCAAACCCAUCAAAGUAGUCGGAAACGCCAUAGAUAGUUUUUUUGGAAAGAAACCCACAACUCAAUUGGCUACCGAACCAAACACUCCCCUUGUUACUAAAGCAACUUCUCGAUUGCCUGCUGCACCAACUACUCAGCUGCCUGCUGAGCCGACUACUCAAUUGCCUGCUGAGCCGACUACUCAAUUGCCUGCUGAGCCGACUACUCAAUUGCCUGCUGAACCGACUACUCAGUUGCCUGCAGAACCGACUACUCAGUUGCCUGCUGAGCCGACUACCCGAUUGCCUGCUGAGCCGACUACCCGAUUGCCUGCUGAGCAGACUACUCGAUUGCCUGCCAAAAUAAAGUUAAAGAAGCUAUCUUAUGCUGCUAAUCUGCUAAGUCCAUACAUAGACAACAACUUGUUCUUUCAGUCCAAUAUUUCUGCAAGUCCUCAACGAAUCAACGUGUGUUUAGAUGUGGCCCCUCAAUCUUUGAAUCAACUGCAACCUUUACCCACAGCUUGUCAAUCUGUCAUGUUGGACGAGGUUAUUCAAAAGUUAUUCCAAUACUGGGCUUAUAGCGAAGAUUCUUUCAUCUUGACCAACACAAUCUUUUCAAUAUUGAGAAAUGCUCAUCAAACACCAGAAGGUCGAGUCCCCGAAGUAUUACUCCUCAGAGCUGCCAAAAAUUUAGCUGGUAUCAUACAGGGAGAAACACUGAAAAAGAUAGCAGAAGAGUGGACCAUACAAAAAGAAACAAUUAACUAUGAUGGUUGUAUAAGUGUAAGUGAGGAGUUGAAUUUCAUCUCGAGUAUAGUGCCAACACUUAAGAUUAAAGAGGACGAGUUCAACGAAUUGUACAAAAUUAUGAGUAAAGGUUUCACCAAUGGUAUCGAAGAUGAGGAGAUCGUUUCAGUAAUUGAAGGACUGAUUGAGGAACUAGUUCUUCUAUCGCCAGAAUAUUUCAAGUUAGUAAAUAGACGCCUCGACCAACUUGCCAAAUUGGAUUCGGAGAAUGGUUACCAAAAACUGCUGGACUAUGUAUUAAAAGUAAAAGAUCCAGCCAUCAUCGGCAAAAUGGAAUAUGUUCUGCUGACACGUCUUGGAGAGGAGAUUGGGCAACAUCUGGAUCUGUUGAAAUUAUUCUUUUAUCCCCCUGUUCCUCCUACAACACCAGAGACGGAGGUUACCACAGUUACCAUGCCACCACCUCCUUCCACAACCACUGUUGAGACCACUACCGUCAUUUUGGGACCAGAUGAGACUACCCCGUCCACCACCCAGGCCUUGCUGUUCUCUACAGAGUCGACCACCACCGAAGAAGGCCACACUACGGUACCUGUAACGCCACGUCCUAAGACUACGACACAAGCCUCUUUAUGUCCAGACAAUUCAGACAUGUUUCCAAGGCUCGUGUCAAAGAUUGUACGUUAUGUUAGCGAGAGCACAAUCCAGAAAGCUGCAAAUUGGUCGAAGGCUGCACUUCUGGGCAAUGAGGCUCUAAAUAGCCUAGAGGAUCUGACUGCUAAACAAAUCAUUGACCUGGACGUCGAAAUUGUCAAUGGUAUUCAGGAGGAUCUUUUGGUGAAUGAGGAUGCUUUUAUUAAAAAAGUUGAAGGAAUCCAGCAAGAUUGUUUACCUUUGGAGGAGGUUCUCCCAGCAGUCAAGCAAGCAAUGUCUAAUACACUCAGGAUGCCUGGUGAUCGGGUGGAGGAGUUUGUUGCGGAUAUCAAGGCCGUUUUAGUGUCAAAGCUGAUGAGCGAGGAAAUCGUGGAAUCGUAUAGGCCCCACUUGGUGACUUUUCUAGAAACCAUAAACCUUAGCUACUUGAAACUUAUGCAAGCUUUACAAUCAUUGGAUGCAUUCGCUUCAUAUGUCUCGGCCAAUGCAGAUAAUAAUUUGCUUUCGGCGUUGUUGCCCACUGAACUCUAUUCAUAUUUCUUCAACGAUCUACAAAACUACAUCAACCAGAACCUUGCGAGCCCACUGGACGGACGUCUAACUGCCAAACUGAACGACCUGGUUAAGGCAAUUUUGCCUUCCGGUGGUAAAGCUUCACAGAAUAAUGGACUAGCUUCGGAACUUGAGGAACUAAUGAACGGUCCUUCUUCAGAGCUACUUGCUCGCUUGUUGAGACACUCAUCGAGGAAAUAG